AUCCCCUGGACACGCAUUUCAUCAGCAUGCCUGGUACAUGAAUUUAGCUGAUUUCGAGGUCAGUCAUCUGCACUGAUCGUGCGCUUGCAAUAAAGCAGGUCUCAUCAAUCGCUCGCCACACGUACACAAAAGGCACACAGAGGUGUGCGUUCACGCCCAAGGUACCCAGCACACAUCACUUAACAGCACACUACCAUGCCACGGGAGAGUAGAAUCCCGGCCCCGACAAACACUCACGCGAGGGAGGAGAGAGAGCUCACAGGAUGGCCAAGAGCCUAUACUCGAUAUACAGCUCCUUUCCCACACGCACGAUGCAUCGCCGCACCUCACCCACACGCAUAUCAGUGACGACCUCCCGGGCCCACUCGGCCCGAUCAGACACACGAACCUCCCGCCCACGGUCCUCGCCUAUCUUGUCUUGUCCGUCGAAGCCGUCACGCCAGUGGAUGUAGUCAUACUUGACGGUCUGGUUGCGUGUUGGUUUGGGCCCACUGCCCUGCUGCACAAUCUUGUACCGCACUCCAGACGGCAUCUGCGUGAAGCCAUCGCCACUGCAAAGGCAAAAAAGACGACAGAUGGCGACACCAGCCCGGCCUGUUGCUGCCCUCGAUCUGUCCACCUGGUGUCUGAGAUGACUAUGUCUGUCUCGACGCCGUACAUGGCGGCGUUGAUGCCGAAGGCCGCCUGCUCAGUCUCACUGGCCAUUGUCAGCACGACAGCCGUGUCGGCCGCCGACGCGCCGAGCCGUUUGCGGCGGUAGUGGUCGACCAUACGGCCGAUGUGGUCGGGCUGCACCACCUCGACGGGCCGCGGCCACCUACACACACGCAGGCACACAGGCAGCCAUCGGUGUGCAUCUCUGUCAUUGUCAGGCUGUCCAUGUGUGGCUGACAUGUCGAAGCGGUUUUUGAGCUUGUCGUUCAUUUCGUCGACGGUGGACUGUGUGGUGGCGAUGGCGUGGCCGCAGACCCUCACUGACCGAAUGGGAUCGUCGCCACUCAGAGGUGCCAGGAAUGGCGUGACGGCCUGGUCCCACACAGACAGGCACACAAACAGGGCGCAUCAGAUGAAUAGCUCCUCUCCCCCCAUCGUGUGUGUCACCUUGAUCUCGUUGUCGAGGUUUGUGUCUCGUCGCUUGGCGGCCUCCAGCUGCCCCUCCAGCCGGGCCGUCUCGGUGUUGGCUGCCCGCACGAUGGCCUCCACGGCGCUGACCAGGGACUCACUGUGGGCGGGAAGGCUCUCGGCCGCUAUGGUGGGCUCGCCAUCGGCCCUUGGAGGGGCGUCUGAGGCCGCUUUGUCGAGCGGCGACAGCAGCAGCUUGACCCAGAAGUCAUGCAAACCUGCACCACACAGCCCAAUAGAAGCGUAGCUGACCUCUGUGCCUCUGCUCACCUCUGUGGUCCCGCUUGGUGGCCUCAUCCAGCAGGUGACCGACCGACGCCGUCUUGCCCGCACUGCGAAGGGUCACGGCGUCGAGGAUGGCCUUGUGGAUGGCCUUGAAGGCCUCAGGGCAAACGUCCACGAAGAUCCUCUGCUUGUCGUCCUUCCUCAGCCGGCCGUCCCAGCAGCCCGAGAACAGCGCCGCCAGCAGAGUGCCCUCCACGCCGUCGCCCUCCGUCAGGUGCUUGCGGCUCACGUGCCACUCGACGCCGCCCACACUCAGUGUCAGCUCGUCAUCGGGCGAUGCCCUUGACGGGUCGGAGGCGCCGUGUUUCUGCCUCUCUCGCUGGGCGUCGUGGUCGGCUUGGCGGAUCUGCCCAUGCAGGUGGCCGAUGGCGUCGCUGAUGGCGGUGACAGGCACGUGCAGCCGAUCGAGAAUCGCAAUGGCGCUGAACUUGCGAGCGGCCAAGUCGGCGUCCAUCGUCGCUGCUCAACAGAUC